AUGGACGCGUACUUAAAGACGAGAGGCACGCAAAGGCCUUUAACUUCGAAAUUGGUUCAUGAACUCAUUGGAGAUGGUUGUAACUGGGAGCUCGAAAAUUCAGAUGGCGAAGAUCUUCUCAACAGAGUAGCCGCGGCAGAACAGCCUAACACAGAGGAUGAAAUGGACGCAGAUAUUGAGUCCACCGUAAGACCUUACGCGGAAGCCGAUGUUCCUGUACAAAAUCCAGAGUUUUCGAUGCCAGAGGGUGAGCCACCAUCUAAGCUUCAACGUUUUACCAACCGUUCAUCAGCCAACGUCGCACAAUCGAUGUACAGCUAUCAUCCUCAGGUUGCAGUGCGUCGGCGUCGUUAA